CUUGUUUUUUCCGUGAAUAUUUUGCCCAAUCCUCGUUUGGUGCGCUCUGGAGAGACGUGGAGCUAUUUCAAGCUGUCUGUUUCUCGGGAUAUAUAACAUUAGAAUGCUAGCAUCCGUCACAUUUGGAGUAAAGUGUCUAACUUAAGGUGACCAUUACGUUCGAGCGUCGACGUUUGCUGGAACGCGUAAAUGGACGAAUACCAGGACGACUGAUUCGGAAUUAGUAUCUGGAAAAAUGUGGCUGAAACGUUGUGUCACAUGCAGUUCCAUGGUUGCUUUGAGACCUGGAGGAAUUCUGGGAUGUAGAAUGUGGAUCCUCUUCAUCCUUGUCCAUCUCAUAAUGGAUCUGUCUCUAUGUGCACCAGCAGGCCAAGGGCUCACACUGAAACUACUGCCCAGAUCAGUGUCCCGCCGGCAACCACACCCUCUGCCUAGUCGGGACACGCUCACCGGCCAGCACUCGAGGACUCGUGUCUUGCAUCGUGGUGUUCCACCUCCCUUGCCAUCACUAGGCAAUCAUGGGGAGCUGGGGGGCACCAAACUGUGGUGGCGGAGAAACCGCAGGUCACUCCAAAAACGACAACUUUGUGCAGAUUGCCAAUUGACCCCCUCUGACAAAGGGAAGUCGGCUGCAUUACCAGAGGGGAGUAAAUCUGAUUCAAAUCUGCAUUUAUCUCGCUCACGGAGGCAGCUGAAAGGGGACGGCUAUGACUCCCUGGAGGGGAGGACCACUACAGUGGCAGGAUUUAUUGACUGGGGCCCUACAGGGGCCGAUGAGGUGCUUGAGGAGGAGGCGAAGACGACCCUGAAUGCCACCGUCACCUCUUUAGCCCCAUCCACCACCACAGUUACCAUAACUAGCACUACCACACGCAGCCCCCAAAGGACGUAUGCAGAGAUUACAACUGCACAUCCUAAGAGGCACAGCACCACACAGCCAAGCAACUCCAGAGUGACUGCCAAACCACCGAAACCUUUUGAGGGGACACCAGGUCUGGCUGUUCACCAGAUCAUCACCAUCACUGUGUCCCUCAUCAUGAUCGUUGCAGCCUUGAUCACGACUCUAGUACUUAAAAACUGUUGUGCGCAGUCCGGGAAUGGCCGACACAGCAGCCAUCAGAGAAAGAUCAACCAGCAAGAGGAGAGCUGUCAAAACCUGACCGACUUCACGCCCGCCCGCGUGCCCAGUAAGAUGGACAUCUUCACCGCCUACAAUGACAGUUUACAGUGCUCACACGAGUGCGUGCGGGCCGGCAUACCGGUGUACACAGAUGAGAUGAUCCAGCACACACCCAUCUACAAGACCUCCUACAAUGGAAACAGACCGUCGCCCACUGAAAGGCAGCUAAUCCCUGUGGCCUUUGUGUCGGAGAAAUGGUUUGAGAUCUCCUGUUGAGGCCCCUUUACUACCUUUGGGUUGAGCCCACGUCUUCAGUUUGUGCCCUGGAUCUCAUUGGAAAACCUGUGAGUCAAACACAAAAGACUAAAACACAAUAAAGCAAAACAAAACCGCAAGAACAACAACGACAAGCAAUUACAGAGACGGGAAGUGAGAUGAUCAGGCAGUUUGUACAAAUGUUUGAUCUCUCUAGAAAUGGACUGAAGAUGUUUAUUUUUCUAGACUGAUGCAGUGCUAUGGAUACCACUCCCAAAUUAUUUUCCAUAGACACGCGAUCAUUUUAGAGAUGCUAUACCUAGAGCUGAUAUAUUGAAUACGUGUAUUACUGCACAUGUGGGUGUGCUGGAGUGGAGAGGCCAUGGGACGCUCUCUGACACGAUGAUACGUCUGCUUGUGUGGAGAAAAGACUCUCCUGAACUUUGUGCCAAUAAUGCCAUUAUGUGCCACUACAUAUAUAGAUGGGACGCAUUCAGUUUUGUGGAAAAUUACAGACACAUCAUGUAAUUUCAGUGACUGUCUCCCAAUAUCAAUGUGUCAUCCGUUUUUGUAUAAAAAGUAUGAAUAUGUAUUUGAAAUAUGUUUUGAAAUAGCUGAGGAAAUGUGUUACAAAUGUCUAAAAAAAUAUUUAUAUGGAGCACUAUUCAUUUAAAGAGAGAGAGAGAAAAAAGAACCCAUUGAGAAAUAUAGUAGUAUACCCAGGUUUUAAUUUCACUACAUUGUUACUAGGCCCCGUUUUAAAGGAAUAGUCUCUAUUUUUAUACAAACAAUGUUACUUAUGAGUCAAACAGACCCAAUUCAACCGGACUCUUGGGACUGUUAAUCUGUGAGCAGAGGUUUAAUGAAGUCGUUUUUUAAAGCUAUCAAACAAUGUGGAAGCCAGAUUCAGUAUUCAUUUAAAGCUUAUUUGAUUUGCCAAAGCCAUGCAUCAGACGCUUGUUGUUUCCUUUUUUUAUCACUGAUGAGAAAUUACCUGUAUGGGUUAAUCAUGUUUACAGACUCACAGACCCUCAGAGAGGUGUAUUAUACCUACCAGACAACUGUUAGUUUGUGGGUCAAGCCUAAAUAUCACAAUCAGUUAUCUAUUAAAACAUUACCAGAUAGCUAAUAAACCUCCUCUACAUUUGAAUAACAAAGCUUAAUUUGAAUAAAUCACCAGUCAGUUAUCAGCCCUGUGCAUAGACUCAUAAAGGACAAAAUAUAGUUUAUUUCCGUGCCUAGUCAUUUGUGCCAUUUGUUUACUUCUAUAUUUAAAUCUAAAACAAAACCAUGAAUGUCCCUGUCAUUGUGUGGUACGAUUUAAUUUAAGCUAACAGUUUAUAAUUUAUACUAAAUUUG